UUCGUGUUCUGGGUGCACGCCACCACCCGCGCCCGGUUCGAGGAAGCGUACAGAGACAUCGCAGACCGGCUGCAGCUGCCAGGGAGGAGCGAGCCGAAGGCGAACGUGCUGCGGCUGGUCAGCGAAUGGCUGCGGGACGAGACCGACGGACGAUGGGUGAUGGUUGUAGAUAACGUGGAUGACGCAGAGACCUUCUUCCGGUCGCGGAAGCGUCAGCGAGACGAGGCUGACGCCGGCGUGCAGAUAUCGCUGGCCACAUAUCUACCGCAGAGCUGCAACGGGGCGAUACUGAUCACGUCACAGAGCAAAGACGCAGCAACUAGACUAGUGGGAGGCCACAACAAGGUCAAAGAGGUGCUGGCGAUGAACGAGGAUGAAGGCCUGCAGCUGCUUCGCAACAAGCUGCGUGAUCCGCCAAUCGAGGAGAGCGCAGUGGAGCUACUGCACGCGCUAGACUGCAUACCUCUCGCCGUUACCCAGGCAGCUGCGUACAUUAACAGGCGCACGCGCAUGACGGUUGCGGGCUAUCUCAAAGAUUUUCAAAGGAACCGAAUGAAGCGAGAGAGCCUGCUCAACUGGGACGCGGGCGAGCCGCGUCGUGACACGAGCGCGUCGAACUCGGUGGUGACGAUGUGGCAGAUGUCGUUCGAGCAGAUCCGGCAGGAGCGGUGGUCGGCGGCGGAGCUGCUGUCGCUGAUGAGCUUCUUCAACCCGCAGGGGAUACCCGAGUCGACGCUGCGGAGACACAGUAGAGAUGCAGCAGGAGCAGCUAGUGAAGAGGACAGGGAAGACGAGGAAGAGGCUAACAGUGCUUUCGAUGAGGACCUGGACACCCUGCAGGCGUACUCACUGGUGUCAAUGACUGCAGACAACGACGCAUGCGAGAUGCACGCUCUUGUGCAGUUCUGCACGCGAGUCUGGCUGUCGUCGUUCAGCAAUGGAGAGCAGUGGGAGCAAAGGUUUGUGGCGCUGACAGCGCAAGAGCUGCCCAGCAGGGAGUAUGAGAACCGGGCAAAGUGCCAGAAGCUGCUUCCGCACGUGAAGCCGCUGUCUGCCAGCAAGCCGGCUGGUGAAGAGCCGUUGAAGGCAUGGGCGCAGGUGCUGACGAACGCGGCCUGCAGCAUUGCGCAACGGAUAGCAGCAAAGGCGCUUGCUGCUAGGGAGAGCGUUUUGGGUCUCGACGAUAGACAGACACGGACUACUGCGACAAUACUAGCGCUGGUGCUGCAGGAUCAGGGCAAGUACGAGGAGGCAGAGAAGCUCAACCGGCAAGCGCUAGAAGGGCGCAAGAACGAGCUGGGAGAGCGGCACCCGACACGCUGA